GCGCGCCGCUCAGCGCCGGAAACUUCGACCAAGUUCGGAGCCCCGCCCCCGCCGUCCCGCGACCCGCCGCCCCCUACUCGGUCGGACUGACGCGUCGGCCCGGCUGUCCCGAGUGCCAUGUCGGGUUCUUCGAGCGUCGCCGCCAUGAAGAAGGUGGUUCAGCAGCUCCGGCUGGAGGCCGGGCUCAACCGCGUGAAGGUUUCCCAGGCAGCUGCAGACUUGAAACAGUUCUGUCUGCAGAAUGCUCAACAUGACCCUCUGUUGACUGGAGUGUCUUCAAGUACAAAUCCCUUCAGACCCCAGAAAGUCUGCUCCUUUUUGUAGUCAUCUAUCUUGAGGUUUCUCAAGCCACUUUUCAUGAACCAGUGAAUAUUCAAGAGAACUAAGCUUGAAGUCUGUACAAAAGCUUCUCUUUAACACGUGCCACAAUACACUAUCUUCUACUUGUCAGUCCUUAACAUCUACCUCUCUGAAUUUCAUGGAUUUCUGUUUCACAAGGUUUAACUAUUUUAUAUACACUGGCUGUAGCUACAAUAAAGCAGCACACAAAC